AUGGCAGCCAACGGCCUGGGCCGCCACGGUCUGAUGGACGCCAUUGAUCAGGCGCUAGACUCCGGUGAUACCUCUCAUCUUGUGCGCCUGGUGUUUGCCACCGAUCCCUCCCGCUUCCUGCCCGCCCCAUCUGGCCCCGACACCGACACCGUGACCACCAGCUUGGGAGACGACGAUGGCUUCCCGGGGGGGAAUGUUCUAGAAUCCGUGCUGGAGGCCCUUCAGGAGGUCUCUGAGGACCGGGAGAUGGAGAUCCAGGACAUAUGCAGUCGGCAUGGCAUGGAGAUUGCUACAGCGCUUGCCCAGUUGGGCCCCCUCCAGGGCGACCUGAAGGAUCUGAAGCGAGCCGUGCAGGCUAACAACAGUCAAUACCAGGCCCUCGGAUCCCAGUACCUGACCCUGCACGACUCCCUGCUCUCCUGGCAGGGGACCAUGGCGCGGCUGGCCUCGCUGCAGUCCCUCACGGACCGGCUGGUGGCUGGCUGGAGCCUGUGCCUGCAUGCUGUCCAGGCCGAAGCGGGCGGGAAGCUGUACCGCGCUUACUGCCUCUUGGGCGAGGUCCCCACGGGCUCGGCGACGGCUGCCGAGUCGGCGCUGAGCAGCCAGGCAGCAGCCCUGCGGCAGGGCAUCGUCACUGCCGUGCAGUCCAGCAUCAACUCCUGGCUGGCCCAGGCGAGGCGCCUGGCUCCUAGGGUCGGUGCUCAGGCCAUACACGACGCAGAUGCGUGCGUCGCACAAUUGGACACGGCGACCCUGUGCCAUCUGGCGGCGGUCUACUCCCUCAGAGGCCAGUCCCAGGCCCUUGCCCAGUACUUUUGGGAUAACCGGCGGCAGCAGCUGGAGGCCGACAUAGCUGCGCUGCAGCCGGGAGCUGGGCCAGAUGCCGUCGAGCAUGCUGCAGCACUCCUGCAUGCGACAAUGGGGCAUCUGCUGAUCGACGCGGCCGCAGCACGCGCGUGCUCCGAGCUCCGGCCCGGCAAGGGGCAAGACAGUGGGCGCCAGCUGGCGCAGAACAUGCUGUCCUCCUUGGCGGGGGUGCUGUGCCACGACCCUGGGGUGGGGAUCACAGAGCUGGAGGCGCUGCGGGACCUGCUGUGCCUGGCUCGUGGCGCACUGGGCCCCGAGGGCAGGGGCGUGGUGGAGCCGGUCCUUGCCUCCCUCCUGUCCUCCCUGGGCGAGCGCAUCGUGGCCGCGGCCGGCGCGGAGGUCCGGGCCUCCAUGGUCGGCCCCGCCGCGGGGUCGGCGUUCCAGCUCAGCGAGCCGGCGGACGCGGAGGCGCACAGUCUGGCGCUGCGCACGCUGCCCGAGUCGAUCGCGGGGCGGGUGCUGGCAGCCUACCUGGGCAUGGUCUCGGAGUCCCUGCUGCGCGCGCUGGGCGCCGCCCCGGCCAUCAACAUGUUUGGCAUGCUGCGCCUGCUGUCGGACGUGGGCGGCCUUCGGGCCGUCGUGGAACGGGCGGGGGCCGACCCCGAGCCCCUGGCCCCGGUGUGCCUCUUCGCCGAGGCCCUGGUGUUUGGGCGGCUGGGGCCCCAGGGCGUGCCCGGCAUCCAAGCCCCACGCCUGCUGCAGCUGCUGGAGAGGUACCGCGAGGUGCCACGCAGCUCCGGCCUCGCCGGCCAGCACAGCACGCCCAGCGCGGGCAAGGGCAGCCCCGAGCGAUUCCUGAGCAAGAAGUCUGUGGAGGACGUGAUGAAGGCACUGAGGAGCCCGACCAAGCGCGCCAAGUAG